AAGUUAUUUGAUAACGUGUAGUAAUAAGUCUUAAGUAUUUACACUUCUUUCGGGGAUAAGACCCUCAUGUUUUAAACAUUUAAAAAAAAAUCCUGCUUAAUUUCCUAUACUUUAGACAACUAUGGUAGUACUCGCAGACAUCUACGAAAACAACAAGAUAUUUGCCGUCAUGUAUUAUUGUUCUUGGUAAUGUUAGAGCACAGCUUUCUUUUUUUUAGCGACUAUUCCUAUGGAAUAUGAUAUUUUCGGCGUGACUCAUCUACUGUAUAUUUGAGGGGUGUACGUUUGGAACAUCUGUGACAUCUGUGUGACAACUGAUUUAAAGAUUCGCGAACCAACGGAACCAAAGCAAUCUAGCCUAAUUCUUUCUGCCGUUUGUUUGGGCGCGUUGUUCACUUACAGAAAAUUGAAAACAUAAUAUUGAUUUUUGCUUUUAAAUAAAUCAACAGAAGAAGAAUUCAUUUGGACAUCAUGGUCAGCUUGUCAAGGAGUGUCAACACUUCUGCUGGGGGCGCAGUAUUUUUCAACGACGGUUUGAUCAAUGGGGAUGAUGACGAAGUGGAGCGCCUCCAACCAUUGCAUGGAGCUGAUGAAGUUGUAGGCUUCAGGAAACUGCAUACUUAUGUUCCAGUAAUGCUGAAAAUAUGUGUUAUUGUUCUUGUUCAAGUUGCAAUAAUUGCUCUCUUGUGUUUGAGCCCAGAAUUCCGUUAUAAGUGUGAACCAUUUUUUCUCCUGGUCUACAUACAUGCAGCAUAUUGGUGUCUUAGCUGGAUCUUACAUCAACAUUUGAAAUUGAAGCACCGCAUGUUAAGAAUUAAUGGUUACCUGGAAUUCUACAAGCAGACAGAAAGUCACAUUAGAAUUCCAUUUUAUAUCAUCUCCCUAUGGAAUGCCAUCCUUCUGGUUAUAACAUCGGUCUACCAUCAUGUCUAUGGUGAUCUGGAACAGCGUUGCAGAGCUGAAACUAUAUCAUUAUCACCUAACAAUGUCAUUGGUGCACUAAUGACUUUGGAAACUGGUAUUCUUAUUCCAGUUCUGAUGACAUACUUGGUGAAAGUUCGAAGGUUUAAUGAGACAAGGCCUCCCCCUGACGUUCAACGAGAGGAUUGGAUGAUGAGCUUUGUGCGAGACAGCUUCCCAGGGGGUGAAGUUGGCUACAGAGAGCCAAAUGAACACAUCCAUGACUUACUUGCUAAACAGGCUGAUCUAAUCCGUUAUUUAAAGGAGCACAAUGCUAUGCUAAACCAUAAGAUAAUGCAGCUCUCAUCUAGGUCUCAUGUUGAACCUGAGUGUACUUGAAGUCAUCCUGGUUUCUAUAAGGACCUGUGUCUCCAAUUUGUACAGAAAGAAAAUGCUUAGUUUAAGAGAAACAGAAAUAACAGUCAUAAUCUUUGUAGAGUGCCAUUGUUUAAAACCCUUAUUUUUAUAAAGACUUGGUGGCUGUGCAGUUUAAUAUGACAGUCUGAAUGUAAUAUUACUUGUUUGUACUUUGUCAUGAAAACGAUCUUAUCUAAUACUUUAUUUCUCAUAUGUUUCCCUGAUCCUUGGAGUAUUUCUAUCUGUUUCUUAUCAAGGUUUUCAGUCCUUAACACCAAAAAUUAUGUUGCAGCACUACAAUGGAUAAGCAUGUAAUCACAUAUGAUGGCACUAUGAAAUUUUACAUUGUCCUUUUCCAAGUUUAUAUGAUGCUAUAUUUUAGAUGUACCCUCCACCAUGUAAAACUACUGAGUAUCAUGCAAUAACAGUCUGCGUAGUUCUUUACAUAUAGCACUUUUCUAUCUAAGUUAGGGAGUUUUGAUAAUUAGGUGAUGUGUAUAUGAUGGCACCAAUAAUCAUAUAUCUGAGAGUUUUACACUUUCAAUUUAUCCAUUGUGCAGAUCAUGAUCUAUGAAAUGAUUUUUGUAAGAAAGCUUCUUACCUAUGAGACUGAUUCAAAUUAUUUGUUAUUUAACAAAGUUUGUGAUUUUGAAUGCUGUUGAUUACCUUAAAUAGUAAUUUAAUCCGUAAUGUUAGGAAUUUUAGAUGUUUUUACAAUACAUUUUUUUUGCGACUAACUAGUACUUUUGUUGGCUUUUCAUGCAAGAUUGAAAACCUGGAAUUUCCUCGGAAGAAUUAUGUUGACUUAGACUUCAGUUAUACAUUUUUACAGUUCUCAUUUCAAAAUCAUGCCAUUGUAUCUUUUAAGCCAAAUGGUAUACUGUAAAAUGUGUCCUACUGGU